UAUCCAAUCAUGUAAUUAAUAGGAGCAUCUGUUUAAUAAGCAUGCUAAUUAGGGAGGGAAUACACAGUGAGCCGGACUGGACGGUGCCUUAUCACUUUAAUAUGCCCGAGCUCGCGGAGCGCGUAGGAGCUAACCGAAUUCGCCAAGCCAUGGAUUGCUACUUCCCGGUAACUAACACUUUCAAUCCGCCUGCGUUUUGCGCAAUGCCGUCUAUGAUGUACACUUACGGAAUGCGGUCAUACUAUCCGCCUGCCGCAUUGUACCCACUAGCUAGCGCCUCCCUAACUGAGAGGUCAAACGGACCCAUAAUGAACUCUCAAGUACAGGCAGAUCAGAACUCGGCAAUAAAUCAAGGCAUGGAGCUAAGAAACACAGCAAGUAGCGGCAAGCUUCAGAUGAGUGGCAAGGGCUGUGAUAGCUAUGUGAGGCUUCUCUCAAGGAAUGAACCCGCUGAAAAAGAACUCGAGAGGUCUGACGACGAAUGUGAAGAUUCUAAAAGUGAGGAGAGUGGCGACGCUCCGUGGCACUACAAGCAACCAUUCAAACACAGGAAGCGAAUGGCAUACACCCGCAUACAACUCCUAGAGCUGGAAAAAGAGUUCCAUUUUACGAGAUAUUUGACAAAAGAGCGACGCACAGAGAUGGCUAGAAUGCUUGAUCUAACAGAACGUCAAGUAAAAAUCUGGUUUCAAAACCGUAGGAUGAAAUGGAAGAAGGACAAUAAACCAGUUAUUCCUACGAGUCGAGGAAUGCGCAAGGGCUGCACGCGUUAGCUCACGUUCCAAAUAAUUCAACCUAAUAAACAGGGGAGUAUAAACAAUUAUCAACGUGAAUGAAUCAAACGCACGAGUGAGCUAGAUCAAAAGAGACACAUCUCUGUACAGACACAAGUUUUAGAUGAUCAAGAAACUGUCAUUUUUUAAAGACAUACUAUUCUAAGUAUUCUCGCUAUAGUUUAUCUGUAUUCGAGCAUGAUUUCUUCUUUUGAAAAAGCCCCUUUCAAUUUCAAUGCAUGGCAUUGGGUUAUUCUAAACACAGUCUAUAAGACUACAGAAAAGAGUCGAGAAGGAAAUAGCCGAGCCAAAGAGUCUAACAAGGGUGCCUGAAGGCUCUGUAAAGGAUUAGGUGUUAGCGAGCAAGCCACUCUUCUACGCUUAAAGGCGACAAACUUCACUCCUUUUUUGUCACUUUCACAGCUUAUUACAGCAGAUUUUUAGCUAAAAAUGCUUAGCCUGGCUAGGAAGACAAAAAAACAAGGAAACACGCAAUAGACAGCUUGACUUAGACGCCUUCUAUAGACAAACCACAAAGCAGAUACAGUCGAGUGAACUAUCUCAACUUCUUCAGCCACAAGGACUCCACUAUAGAAAUCACAGCAUUCCAAUUAAUCGCUCUCUUUCUUUCUCUCUCCUUCUCUCUCUUUUUGAGAGCACCGGUCUGAAUUGAACUCAAAUUGUAAUUUGUACAUUUUGUAUCUUUGUAUAUAGUUUUAGUUGGGGUAGGAAAGAAGGACAGAACUCCAAGCAUGCAUUUAUCCCAGUAUGUUUGUAGUCCAAACCGUUAAAUCGCUCAUGCGAACAAAUUGACCGUGUAUUAUGCAUGCAGUUAUUUCUUUUUUCAAAAUAAAACAUUGCGCAAAUGA